UGCGCGUGCUCGCCCUCAGCUGGUCACCAGAGUGAGUCUCCGUGAGGGGGGUGAAGAGAACCAGCGCGAUUCAGGGGUGGGAACUUCUAUCAGUCGGCUCUCUCUUUUUUUCUUUUUCUUCUUCUUCUUCUUCAUCUUCUUCUUCUUCUUCUUCUUCUUCUUUCUCCCCUCUUUGGCGCAUCCCUCUGGGUCGAGCCCCGCCUGCUGUAUUGUACCCUCCUCCCUCCGUGGUCCGGACUCGGAGACUGGGGAAUCCACCUGCCGGAGAUCAGACGCACCUUUCGGGAUGGAUGCCCUGAAAUCCGCCGGCAGAGCGAUUAUCAAGAGCCCCGGAGUUCCGCGACACACAUGGGGAACUUCGAAGCACGAAAAGCUGCCAGAGAACUGGACGGACACCAAGGAGACUCUGUUGGAGGGGAUGGUGUUCAAUGUGAAGUACCUGGGUAUGACUCUGGUGGGCCAGCCCAAAGGAGAGGAGAUGGCCUCGCCUGCCAUUCGCAGAAUUGUUGCCACGGCCAGGGCCAGUGCUAAGAAGUUUCGUAAAGUAACAUUGACGGUCUCACCGAAGGGCAUCAUCAUGACAGACACAGAGACGACAGACCUCAUAGAAAAUGUCUCCAUAUACAGAAUCUCGUACUGCACAGCAGAUAAAACUCAGGAUAAGGUCUUCGCAUAUGUCUCUCAGAGUCCGUUCAAUGAGACCCUGGAGUGCCAUGCAUUUCUCUGCCAAAAGAAGAAGAUUGCUCAGGCUGUGACAUUAACGGUGGCCCAGGCCUUUAAAGUAGCCCUCGAUCUGUGGGAGAUCGCGCAGGAAGACAAAAACAAAAAAGCCAGGACCUGCUGUUCUUGUGCAGCCAGCAAAGGGCAGACACAGGCGACAGACACUCAGUGUGUUCCUGCAGAUCCAGAGGCACGAAAGCCCGUCGGGUUGGAGGAGAAGCUCCGGAGGCCCUUCUUCUCUGCUUUACUCAGCUCGCCCUCGCCUCGCAGCAACCCCACUCGAAGGCGACCAAUCAAACACGACUCUUGGGACGUGGACGAUGGCCUCGAUGAUGCGUUCUCAAGACUGGCCGAGUCCGGCUCCGAACCCGGCUCUAACAAUGCAGCUCUGAGUCCCCGGGAGGUCUCCUGCGAGAAUCUGUGGUCUGUCUCCAACAAUGAGUUUGAAUAACACGCGCCGAAAAUAUAGCUGCCCGAUUUAAGAGCGACCACAGAAAAUAGAAGGGAUCUCAAACACAAAACGGCACGCAUCACUUGAGCCGACAGCAAAACAUAUCACGCUUCCCGGUGCACAACCCGAAUCGCUGAGGCUCUGCUUGAUUUCCUGUGGCUGCGGAGGAGGAGAAGUCAGAAUGGAUGCAUUGAUAUUAUAAACUGCCAUGCCAUCUUCCACCAUAUUCCUACUCUCUCAAACUGCCGGAUGAAAUGCAACGCAGCACUGCAAGAAACACAUUACAUAUUUCUAGGUUGUGAGAAGAUGGGAGUCUGUCUUUUUUUAAAAAAUCUGAACUUGUAAAAACACUUUCAACGACACUUGCAUAAGUGGAAUUUGGAUGAAGAUAUUCUCGGCAUCAAGUAGUUUCGAGAUGCGUGUACAUAAAAGCAGCGUGUCUUUCUGAAAAUGUGAAAGCUCUGAUCUCGUCGUUUGCUUAAACAAAGUAACAGUUGCCAGUCUCAGCCGUCACUGGAAGCAAAGCUGGCACACGUCUUCAGUCAUGAUAUUUUAUGCGUUACGUAUUCAUCCUUUCAGGUUCUUUGAAUAAUGAGACGGCAUGUGAUAAAGUAACUUGACACGGGCGACCUAUACCCCAUAUGUCCUCUUUUUAUUGUUUGGAACAUAAAUGUGUCUUAAAGAAAAGACCAGAAUCCACCUUGGAAAUAUGGGGCAUACAUGUGACAUUUACAGAAUGUGAUACAAUGUAUAUAUUUAAUUACCAUCACAUGAAACACAGACAUCAAACACAGGACUGCUGCUUACUUUGUGUAUCCGGGACUUUAAACCAACAUAUCUUGGUCUUCUUCAGCAGAUUGAUUUGCUCAGUUGUCAUGAAGAUGGUUUAGUGGUGGUCAUAUAUGCAUCGGGGUGGUGGGUGGCAUCA